AUGGCGAAUGUCGCGAAAACUUACACACCAAAAACUGCCCAAGAACUAAAAGAAGCGCUUGAAAAAUGCCUGAAAGAAAAAAAAGUUCCCGUUUUCCUCAGUAGGAAAAAUGUGAACGAGAAAAGCCUUAUAGAUGACGAGGAGUUAAAGGACAUCGAAGUAGCUUUCAUAGAUGUGGAAAAGCUCAAACAAAAGGAAGAAGUGGGCGAAUCUCCGACAGCAACUGAAGCGAUGGGUGUAAACGAAGAAACAAUGCAAGAGCUUCAAGCAUUAGUUGGAGCCACGCCAAUUUUUCGAAUUGAAAAAUUUCAAAACUGGGCAGCAACACAAGAAAGUUGUGUCAUUUCUUGUAAUCCUAAAACGAGAGAUGAAAUGACCAAGGUCAUUAAAGCUGCCUCUGAGGUGAAAGUAGGCAUAAGAUGUGCUGGCCAGCGUCACAGCUGGGCACCAGUCUUCCCUGACGACAACCAGAUUUGCAUCAAUGUUGAGGACAUGAUAAGUGAUUAUGGAUGGAUCCAAAAUUCGAAUUGCCGAGAAAAAAGAGAGGUUGAUGUUAUGACUGGAGCCACAACUGGGGAUUUGAAGAAAUUUCAGUUGAAGCAUAAGAUGAACCUUAAAACAAAUGUCAUACUUGAUGUGGUUCAAAUGGUCAGUGUCGUUGUUACGGGAUGUCACGGAGUUGGCGAGGACACACACUGUUUAAGUGAUUACGUGGUCAGAAUGAGAGUAUUUGACUCAAAAGGCGAUCUUAAAACAUACUGCAUAAAUGAUGAUCCAAAAGAGCGGUUCAGAGCAAUGUCAGCAAGCUUUGGCUGUUUUGGAAUUGUUUAUGACGUCACAUUGAAAAUGGACAAAGAAUUGAUAAUUAAAACAGACAAUUCCUAUAAACCUCUGAAGGAUGUUUUCAAAACCACAGAAUUAAAAAACAUAGUCACGAAAAACUGGGCAGUACAGAUUUUCUGGUUUCCUUUCAACGCUUUUCCUUUCGGAAAAUACGAUCUCGAAGAAGAUGAUGUUUGGGUGAGAACAUUCAACAAGGAGACCUUGUCUGAUGAAGAGAAUGUAAAAGGGAAAUUAUAUUACGCUUUGAAAGCUGUCUCUGAUUAUGGAACCGAGGAAGGACUCAGGAUUGUUAGCCCUUAUCUGACAGAAUAUCCGAAACUCGUACCGAUCUUCCAGAAAUCAGCUUUUUCUGCCAUUAAACACUUGUUUUAUCCAGAAGGACCGAUUUACCAAGAACUCCCCCAUGCAGUGCAUUUCCGAAAAUACAUAGAAAAAGCAGAGGUUUAUGAUUUGGAAUUUGUAUUUGACUACCACGACGACUUUGAUACAGUAUUGAAAAUCAUCAAUGUUGUCGUAGAAUCUGUUAAAAGCUACUACGACAGAGAUCAGUAUCCACUGAACGUUUCUCUUGAGAUGCGAUUCAUGGCAUACAGUGAUGCAUAUCUUGGUACUGGGAUACUUGGAAACAAAGCAAAGCCUUAUUGUGGAUCUGGUCAUGUAGUUUGCAUUGAAAUUCUGAGUUUAAAGGGAACGCCACAGUGGACAGAGUUCAGCAAAGAUGUUGGAAGGAAGUGGAUGGAUCUUGGUGGUGUUCCACAUUUAGCAAAGCAAUAUGACCACAUUCCUGGCAUUUUUAAUCAUGUCAGAGAAAAAAUGGAAUAUCCAAUUAAAUUAUUCAAGGAACAGUUGGAUAAAAGUGGAGCAGAUCCUAAUGGAAUGUUUCUGAAUUCGGGAAUGCGUGAACUGUUGGGGCUGAAUGAAUAG